AUGGCCUCGGGAGCAGGUAACAUUAGCACUGUUCCCGAUAUUACUUCAUCCGAGAUAGCAUAUUCUAUAAAUAGGCAGAAGGAAAAUUUGGAUGAUAAUUCACUUGAAAAUGAGCCUCGUCUACAAAGUAGUGGGAUGGUUGAAGUUUCACUUCAUCCAAAACUAACUCAGAAUGGCUCAUUCAAAAAGCUUGAAAUUAAGCCCCAAUUUUUGGCUAAAACGAGAAAUAUCCAUACAUUGCAUAAACUAAUAAGCUCAGUCCAGUUAUUUGGUGAUUUUUGUUUGGUUGAUAUUUCAGCAGAGGGCAUAUGCUUUAGUAUUAACGAUGGCAAUGUCUGCAAAGUUAGACUUAAUUUGAACAGAAAGAUGUUUGAUAUUUUCGAAUUUAAUGGAGUAUGGGGCAAGAGUGCUCGCUUCACAGAUUCACAAUUAUAUGCUGAUGAUACCGAUUUAUCUGAUGAGGCAUGUAUCGAACCAAAUUCACCGGAGUUGCAAUUUCACAGGAAUGAGAUGAUAACCAUAAACUUGAACAUAUCUUCGUUUUUGGAAACUGUAAACAUAUAUGUAAAAGACAAAAAAUCAUCAGACGCUUCUGUGGAAUGUACUUUGAAAUAUGAAAGAGAUGGUGAUCCCUUUAUUCUGAUCUUUGAGGAUGAUCAUAUUGUUGAACGCGUGGAACUAGGUACUUACUUUGUAGAAGGUGGAGCUCAGAAUAGCAAGAGAAAAAGAGGUACCAAGAAUAGAGUGAAAAAGAACGGGAAGAUUUCUGACCCACAUAAAACAAACAAUGAAGAACAAGCAGUAACUGUUUUUGAUUUUGAACCCACAACACUAGACGAUUCAGUUUUCAGAACAGACCCAAGUAAGAUCCUAUUUGACAUUAUCAUAAAGCCCAAUAUUCUUUACGAUGUUAUGAAAGAUAUGUUGGACUUAACAACAGAAAGAUUUGUCUUAUAUUGCAGCAAAAAUGAAACCGAAUUGGAAGAACUCAACCAAAAUCGUGUUUCGUUGAAGGAUAACAAAAACUCAAAAAUAAUUUUUAUAUCCAAGUCAAAAUCUGAUACUAUUGGAUAUUCAAAACUUAUAAUACCACAAAGAAAAGCCAAUAUACCAGAGUUCAAACUCUUGAAACCUAUAGUUGCUAAUGACAAUCUUGAUGGACGAGAGAACGGGUAUCAAUUUAUUGAUUGUUAUAACAUCUCUUUAUCUUCUACAUAUCAUUUUCACUACUUUGCUAAAUUGAUACGUGCUAUCAAGUUAUCUCGAUUGAUUAAAAUACGGAAGGAUAUGAAUGGAAUUACUUCUUUAUUACUACUCUUGGGGAAAAAUGCUAUUGGAAGUCAACAACAACCGCAACCGGACAUACUUUUGGGAUCUAGUAUAGAGUUUACAACACUCGAAAGCGUUCCAAUUGAUGAACUGUCUUCCUUGAAUAUAGAUGGUGAAACCACAACCUUGCUGAAAAAACUAGGAUAUAAUAAUCAUUUUAUCGAGCAACUGAUUAAAGAUGAUCAAGAUAUUCAAACUAUACGGGUAGGAAAUGAUGGAAAGUUUGUUACACUUGACGAUUUUUUUGGAAAUGCAGCAGCUGAAUUUGAGAAUGCAGAACCCCAUAACGUCAUGAAUCAUAUCAGUACUAACAGCAGAAACCAAAAUGUAAAUAACUAUAGCUCAAAUGCGUUCAAAAAUGAAGAAGUUUUGAAGCCCAAAAAGAGUGAUAUAUUGCCUGAGCAGAAUAAUAACGUGUUAAAACUUACUGAACAGUUGACAAUGUCUUUAUUAGGGCAUGGAACGCCUUUAAAGGUGGGCCACAGCAAUAAUAUUCAGGUAGAGAAAUCAAUAGCUGAAGAUGAUGAAAGAACUGAUAGAAGAAGAGGAAAGAGAAAGACCAAUUCUGUAGAGAAGAGGUCUAAACAACAGAAUAGUGGUAAAAAAGGAAGGAAGAAAAGAGACAAGGAUGAAAAUGACGGAAUUGAGACUGUUGGUGGAGCAAUUGAAAUUCCUUUGUUUAUAUGA